AUGGGCAACGGCAAUCUCGGCGUUUCUGGCGAGCAGCCAGACAACCAAAGCGGUGAUCGAGAGGCGAGUGACAGCCCUAGCGGCGCCCGACUCGGCCCUCGUCAUGUAUACUCCCUAGACGUUCAACGUGUGGCCAAACUCGAGCUCGAGAACUCCAGCCUGCUGCUCAAGACAUUUCCGGGAGCCAACUGGGCAUCCUUAAUUGAAGCUGCCCCAGCUAUUGUCCGCAUCAUGGGAGUCUUACUCAAGAUAUCCCGGGAUGAGGCGGCAGCUGGACUCAAGAUUGCCUCGCCCGGUAUUAGGGGAGAGGAUGGAGAGGUCAUCGGGAAGCUGCCGCACAACUCCUUUCACACGGAGCUUGAGUCCUCCAUCCACUCGGGCCGUUCUGUUUUGAAGGAAUUUCAAGGUACCACGACCUGGGUCUUCAAAGCUGCUGACAGAUGUCUCGUGCAUGGCGGCAAUAUAAGCAUCGAAAUGCUCCAAGACGAUCAUGACGUCGUGGCCAAUCUCGUCCCCGAGAUCGAUGAAGUCUGGGAGUUUGCCGAGGAUUGUCUUAAGAGAAUCAGAAGAUUGAGUCAGCACUUGGAGUCCUGGUGCGAGAAAAAUAGCUUUUUGAAGGAUAUGGCCAGGGAAGCCAUAGAACAUGCUCAAGAACUGGCCAUGAGUGAUGUUGAGUCUCUAUGUGAUCAAAAGGUCAUUGCCCCACAAGCGGAGCUGCACCAGAAACCCAUCGGCGAUACCCUCUACAACUUUCAGAAACCCCUCGUCGACCUUAACGCCCGCGCCAGUCAGCUGGCUCAAAGCUUCAGCGUUCUUGUCGAGCUGUUCACUAGGGUCGAGGAGGAUGCCAAGGAUGUCCAGCAAACAGUCAAGCAGGGAGCAAAGCUCAAGAAUAAUGAUGAGCUGGAGCUGAUGGCCAUGAGUCAAGCGGCCAAGAAGAGAGUCAUUACCAAGGCAUUUCACCUCCAAAGUCACGCCUCUGCGAUUCGAGACAUAACCGCAACCUUCGUCGAGGUGUCUAAUAAAUACAUCAAACCUGCUUUGUCUAAGCUGGAGACUUUCUCAUUCGGUACAGGCGUGGAGUGCAAGGUCGAGAAUGAGGAGUUCAUGACCUGGUGUGACAACGCAACGGCCGAAAUCCGGGCUCUGGCCGCCGAGACCGAUGCAAACCUGCGUCCCAAUAUCCAAGACCGAAUCCUAUCCCUGCAGGAAUACGCCAUUGAUGUAGCGUUUCCUCGGUCAGAGGGAGAAGGAGAUAGGAAAGGAGUGUGA